AUGGAUGGAGAAAUCAACAAUUUCAUCAUGGUAUGGACCAUAGCCGCAUCAACAAUGUGCUAUUGCCACACAAUCGGUAACCUAAUCUCUCAUGGCACACCAAGACUCAUAGCUCUCGUCCCUGCCAUAAUCCUUCUCUUUCUCCUCCCUCUAAGACUCAUCUCAAUCCACCUUGGAGGCCCCUCUUCUUUCUUCAUAGGUUGGCUUUCCACCUUCAAACUCUUACUCUUUGCCUUUAACAAAGGUCCUCUCUCAACUAACCCUCCACUCUCUUUACUUCACUUCAUCUCCUUAGCAUGCCUCCCCAUAAAAUUCCAACACCAAACCGAUAAUAACCACAAAAAAGACCACAAAUCAAACUCAAAACCAACCCUUAGGUACGUAUAUACGACUAUCAUUAUCAUCUUGGCUUUGUUAAUUCCAUUAUAUAGUAAAAAAGAAAAUUUCCAUCCAAAAUUUGUUUUUCUAUUAUACACCCUCCACAUGUAUAUUGGUCUUGAGUUUUUCUUUGCUUUGGCUUCAACUUUUACUAAAAAGCUUCUAAAUGUUGAGUUAGAGCCACAAUUUGAUAAGCCAUAUCUAAGCACUUCACUUCAAGAAUUUUGGGGCAAAAGGUGGAAUAUUUCGGUGAAUCGUGUACUACACCCCACCGUAUACGAACCAGUGAUGACUUUUUGCAGCCGUUGGAUGGGUAGAAAGUGGGCCCCACUACCCGCGAUUCUCGCCACAUUCACCGUGUCAGCUAUAAUGCAUGAAGUUGUUUUUUAUUACAUCAAAAGAGAGAAACGCACGUGGGAAAAAUGGGAACCCUCGUGGGAUGCAACGUGUUUUUUUAUUUUACAUGGGGUGUGUUUGGCUGUUCAAGUUGGGGUUAAAAAAGCUUUUGGAGAGAAGAUGCGAUUGCCGAAGGUGGUUUCGUGGUUGUUCACGGUGGCGUUUGUGAUGUAUACAGCGUUGUGGCUGUUUGUGCCGGCGCUUGUAAGGUGUCGUGUUUAUGAAAAGGCAACGAGAGAGUUGAGUGCUUUGAAUGAGUUUUGGAAUGACGUGUACAAUGUUGUAAAUAAAAAGUCGUUCGUAUUCUUCUACUAA